AUGUCUCUUGUCUUGGAUCGGGUUAGGCGUCUAGACGCCUACCUGGACCGUCUCCCUCCCUUGAAUGAGAUUGAACCAUCGGUGGACGAGUCGGUUGUUUCUUUCGGCCAUGCUCCACCUAAUCCUCGUCUAGACGAUCUGUCCAGCAUCAUCCAGGCUCUCGGCACUUCUUCUUCUCGACCACUCUUGUCUGCCCAACGCAUCAAACGUCUUCUUGCUUCAUCCGGCGUCCUUGAGGAGCGUCCUCCGCUAGGGGAGGGUGGACUCCGCCAACUCGCGUCUGCUGAGCCCGAGAUCGAAUGGCUACUAGUGUGCAAAGCUACCAUCCAGCUAUACGGUAUCGUUCUCGACACCCUGCUGGGUCAGAUCAUUCCUCUCAGUGAUGACAUUUGGUACUGGGAUGACGUCCUUGGCUCACAUUCAUACACAAGCCUCUACGCCAUCCAGACUUCUCCUUGGCGUCUUUGGGCCUAUUCACAGGAGAUUUACGCCGCGACAUCGCCGCGUCUCGCUCACCAAUGGAAGAACUUCUUCAGCAUCGUCCAAGCUACCAUUCAGGAUCGAUCGCUGAGCAAUAUACGGCGAAGGGUUUUGUCGCCUCUGACCCUCUACCGCGCAGAGGCCCGCCAGAACCGGAGAAAUCUUCAGCGUUUGCGAGAGCUCACGGCGACCGGUCUCGGUGUUUUGAUGAAUUCGGGCUUCCAAUUCGGCCACGAUGACGGCAAGACGGAGAUUCAGGUGGACCAUGUUACCGAGGUCGUCGGACAAAGUGUCGCCCUCAUGGAGAUGGUCCUGUUGGAGGCAGGCUCUCUCCGCCUGGACGUCAUGGGUUUUGAAAAGGAAGUCUUUGGAGGUGUUAGAAACCACCACGUGCUGUCGGCUACCAUCAUGAGGGAAAGCAGUACUGAUCGGCCAGGCGUUGUUGCUCGACAUUUGGUCCACCUCAUUGAUAAGGUCCUUCCGGAGUAUGUCGGUGCCACACGUGCCAUCACCAAAGACAACGGCCGCCCUAACCGUCUGGUACGCUACUGGCUUCCUGCAUCCAUUGGUCUCGUUUCCUCCACCACGGUUUUGCGCAUCUUGGUGAAUCGCAAGGCUGAUAUCCUCGAGUGGUUUUUGGACUUUGGCGCUACAGUACGGGAUUUUUGGUUCAACUGGGUUGUUGAGCCAGUCGAGAAGAUUGUAUCGACGAUUCGACAUGACAAGACGAGUGAGAUCGCCAUCAUGAGCAGAGACAGCCUCAAGGCCGACCGUGAGAGUCUCGAGCGCAUGGUGGUUGACUUUGCUCUCGAUAAGCCUCACUUCGCCACUGAAUCAGGAGCACCGCUGACCGAUCAACAAGUCGCCGACAUCCGAAGCAAGGUUGCUGAGGGUGAUGUUACCCCCGUGUUGCGAGCCUUUGAGAAGGACUUGCAAAGCCCUUUCAUGGGCACCCUUCGUGGAGAUCUUGUCCGGUCCCUCUUGAUCCAAGUCCAAAAGACAAAGGUUGACCUUGAAGUUGCCAUGACUGGCAUCGACUCUCUCCUCAAGAGCCAGGAAUUGGUCUUUGGCUUUGUUGGUCUUACUCCCGGUGUUCUCGUCUCGUACAGCAUUUUCCAGUACGUUCGCGGUGUCUUCGGUGGCCGGUCCGGCUUGCGCCAGUCCCGCAAGACUGGCAAGGCCAUCCGCAUCCUCCGUAACAUCGACCGCAUCCUCUCUCAGGCCCAUCCUUCAGGAAACAGUCUCCAGCACAAGGACCACGGUCUCCUGCUGUGCGAAGUGCACGUUCUGCGGAACCUCGUCGACAAGCUUAUGCCUCGGGAGGUUGGCAAGGAGUUUCUUGAGGAUCUGGACUACCUGUCGAAUGAGAAAGACAUUCGGGUGCAAGAGAAGGCCUUGGAGCGCAUUCGCUGGGCUUAUGCCAGAUGGCUGAAGUGA